CGCUGUCGGAGUGUUCCACGAUUCCUACAUCGCAUAUUGUGGUGAGGGGGUGAGAGAACGCGCUUCGCUCUGUUGCAUCGAGGACGUUCCAUAACGCGCCUGAACUUUCAACCCAGUGAAACGCGGGAAAAGAUGGCAGGAACUAUGAAAAUAGUUUCAAAGCUGGUGUUAGCUUUGUUGGUAGUGUCGGCAAACGUGCUCGCCGCACCGUUCCCACAGACUACGGAUCGAGAGAACGGCGAACUGAAGCCUGAUGUGCCAGUCGAGGAGUUGGAGAAUUUAAAAAUGGAAGAGACAAGUAAAGAGAUGGUCCCUGAUAUGAAGUCUGAGCACAUGGAGUACCACAGGCUUGAUUCUGUACAAGCAAACGGCGACUUAGUAUCUCGGCUAGAACAACACGCUUCGGCCGAUGCUACCGGAGACGAAAAACCGCAUGUACACGCAAAAACGCAGAUAGAUGUACCUUCCGAAGGCGUGCACAAAGUACUGGUGCAAGAUGGUGGACAUGUUAGCGUGCUGGAUGCCACUGUUCCCACUACACCACUCCCUGAAGAACAAACUACUAAGGUUUUCCAUGGCGCAGCGCGUUUAGUACAACCCGGUAUGGGAACAAAUAUUCCACAAAAUGGUCACACCGCUGUACGAAGAGCUUACAAUGCAGGAAUCACCAAAGCACCGAAAAAUAACAUGGACCACUACGCUUCAUACGCGGGCGUGCAGUAUUCCCCGCUAGACAUGGCGGAAUAUGUAUUUUGGACCGGAGAUGAACGCGGCGUCACUACUGCUAUCGAAGAUUUCCUCCAAGAAGGGAUGAUGACUAAAGAAGAGGCCAUUGCGUUCCUACAAGAGAUCAAAUUCAACCUCGAAUACCUUCGUGCGCAUUAUUCACAAAAUUUGAAAGCAGCUGAAGAAUACGCGCAGCAGGAAAAGCUGAGGAACUUCGUUUUGGAACAAAAUGCCAAGGAAUACCAGUAUCGGCCGGUGACCUUACAGUCUUUCCCCUUCGGAGGCAGUCCAGACAUCAUGCGCUCCAUCGCCGGUAAAAACUGGGACAUGAACAACAACCUCGCCGCCUUGCCGCCGAUGCCUGUCUCCAGCGAAUUCCGACCCGAGCCAGUCAAGCGCUCUUACGACCCUAUGCUUCAGACCAAUAUCAUCAGUACCUCGGACUACGACAGGGAUGGCCCGAUUAUUAGCGAAGAAGAAUACGAAGAAAUGAUGGAGAAACUGCGCGCAGCUGACACUCUGUACACCGAGUACACCUUGGAGGAGAUCAUUUAUCAGCUAGCCAAGAUGAUGUUUUCCCAGUCUCUGGCCCGCGAGCCGACGUCAGCGCGCGCCGCCACGCAGCGGUUCAUGUCGUUCCUCGAGCUCGAAGCUGAGCGCGGCCAGCUCUCGCGGACCAUACAGAAGAAAGUGCUCGAUGUGAUGAUGGCAGCUCUUACAGACACCAUUAGCGACCACCCGGAGUUACUGCAGGCUAGAGAUGGCAUCGCUCUUAACCCUUCCAACAGAAUGAUGCAUCAAUUUCUGGAGACAAGUGCACUAGAGCCAAGCGUUUCACGGGCAAUUCUUGCAGCCUACAAAGACGAGCUCUUAAAGGGCCCUCCUAUGCACAAAUUCUCCUUCGAGAGAAACUAAAACGUAUACUUGCAACAUGUAAUAGAUAUUCUCCUGCCGUUUUAUUUCGAAAUAUUCCGUUCCGCUGAUUUAUCUAUAAAAAUAUAACAUUAGGAAAUGCCAAAGCGUAGAACAUAAGAUUGAUUUGAGCUUGAGAAAGCAGUUAGGAAAUUCUGGGUUUUUAGAACUUGCCUAAAGUCUACAUACAUAGAAGGUAACUGAUUUUUGCAUCUUUUUAACAAUCGUUUGUUUAUAGGUUAUGAUUAAUAAAGCUAUCUAUAACACCUUGAGCAAAAACAAUAACUACUUAAGUUAGAAGUUUUUAAUUAAGAAGGCAAUUUCUAAAAAUCAGAAUGAGUGAUAGGGUUUAAAACUAUACGUUACCCAUUAUUAAAAAUAACAAUUUUAUAUAUGCGCUCAAAAAUGCAAAAUUUUUUACUCUGAUGGUAGAUGGUAAUUUAGCAAUGAGUCGAACGCUAGAAAAAAGACGAACGAGACUAGGUAACAACGUGAAAGACUUCGUCAAAGAUUAGUUAAAGGUUGGUAUAAGAACUAGGAGCAGCCCUUGCAAUCAGGGUGAAUGGAAUGUGAUUUUAGUGCAAACUAUGGAAUAAUAGCAAAGAGUAACUAUGGAAUAAUAAAAGCAAAGAGUAAUUAUGGAAUAAUAGCAAACAGUAACUAUGGAAUAAUAGCAAACAGUAACUAUGGAAUAAUAGCAAAGAGUAAAUAUGGAAUAAUAGCAAAGAGUAACUAUGGAAUAAUAGCAAAGAGUAACCAUGGAAUAAUAGGAAAGAGUAACUAUGGAAUAAUAGCAAAGAGUAACUAUGGAAUAAUAGGAAAGAGUAACUAUGGAAUAAUAGCAGAGUCAGUAGAAGGAAAGAUUUAAACCCAAAUGGGUGGAGUUUGAACACAAGAUCUUUAAGAAUUAAUUUACUUUUGAACCACUGCUUGUAUACUUUUGAGAACUGAUUCCUCAAUUAAUUUUAAAUCUCUUUUUAUUUGCGUUUGCAUAAUCUAUAUGCAGAAUGUAGAAAAACAACUACACUACUAAAUGAUCGUGUUUGUAUGGCUAUGAUAAGAAUAUAUCGCCGAAUAUAGUGUCAUCUAUCUAUAUGUUAUUGCGUGUAGUAGGUAAACCAUAGAUGUUAUGCGUUUAGGUAAAUUAUUUUAUGACGCGUACCUACACUUUUACAAAGUAUGCUUAAGACGUGUCUAUGAAUAAGUGCAAGAUGUCAUUUUAAUUGCGACGUAUUCGUGGACGUUAAUACAGUGUUUGUUUGUGUUUGCGUACGCGCCACUUUAAAAUAAUUUACAUUUAAUAAAAUAUUAUCAUUCAUUAAUUAUUUAUCAAGUAGAAAUUACAUGUGUAUAUCAAUUUAACAUUCGGUAAUCUGAAAGUUUAGUUCUUAAAUUUUUUAUUACCUAAAAUUUUUACAGAUAGGAACUUUAUUUAUGUAAAAUGUAGAAAAAAAACACUUAGUUGUAUGUAGAUAGAAAAUUAUUAAAAAACAUACCACUAGUCGGUUUUAGGUUUUACUAGUUUUUAGUGUCAUUAUUUGAUUUCAGUGAUUAUUUAUUUUUACUACAUUUUUUAUUAUUAAUAGAUUUCAUCAUUUUGAUAUAAUUUUUACAAACUUGAGAUACUUCUAGAUUAUAAGAAAGGCAUGAUAUUUAAUCCCUUUUCCUUGACAUACUAAUUUUGAAUAAGCUGUGUGUACAUUUUACAAAAUAACUAUUUAAGCAACGUAAGCUUAAAAAUGUUUGCCUUUCCAUAUUAUAAACCUUUCCAAAGCUCAUAUGUAAGUAAUUAAGUAUAUAUAGAUUAUAAGUAUUAGUAUAAGAUAUUUAUACUAAAAUAUAAUACGAUGUUAUAAAUUAUUCCGUUGUAAUGUCUAGUCAAACUUUUAAAACGUAUUUUUCUACAUAAUCAUCAAAACAACUGUGAUGUACUUAUCACUUGAAAUACAUUUGAAAAUUGCCCCAAAUUAACAUUACAUAUAAACAUGUCAUUAUCGAUUGUUUACAUUAAAUAAACAUCAUUAUAUACAAAUUGUAUAUUGUUAUUGAUUUUUUUUUAUAUAAUAAUUAUUUUGGAGUAUUUACGAAAUUGUGAUAAUCUUAAAUAAUGAAUUAUGAAACGGGGGUUGUAUGAUAAUCGAUAGGAGGUUUUAAAGCUUGAAUUUUAAAACUUAAGUUGCAAAGCAAAGCAUGUUACAUAGGUACUGUUCUGUAAUCCAUUUUAUUUAGUUUCAUAACUAGGUAAAAAAUAUAUGACUUUUAAAGGUAAUUUAAAGUGACGCCUGAAAACUUGAAUUCCAAAUUGUGCAUGCUUAAGCCGCUUAUAGUAAUAGUCGCAUGUUUUCCAUAUAGAGCAGGCGCUAUUUGUUGGUCCAUUCUUUUGUUAUGUACCCAACCCCGUUUGAUAUUGAAUAUAUGAAAAAAAUGCUUAUCUAUCAGAGCUAGGAGUAUUUUAAUUAAUUUAAUUGGUAAAAGUUAUUUUAUAUAAGUGAUUGUACACGUUGGAUCAUUGAUGUUUUAAAAUCGAAUUGUAUAAGUAAACACAUUUCAAAUUUGAGUGUUAUUGGCUGGUAUGUAGAUAUUCGCUCGGUUUUUCCUCAUUUUCGUAUUUACCCCAAAGCAUUUUAUUAUUAUUAAAUUUAACUCAUGCAAAAUGCAUAUCAAAAAUAAUUAAAAGACAUAUCACACCAUUUCAGUUUAAAUAAAAUUGGUACAGUUACGUUCACAUUCAUUAAUUAUAUUUAUUUAUUAUACGUAUUUAUUACAUUAUUUAUAUUAUUCCACCAGACCAAUGAAACUAUAAAAGUACCUAACGUACUAAGUACAUCACAGUGUAUAUUUCAAACUUACAAAAGAUCUAUCGAUAUCUAAUCUAAAUGAAAUAAGACUUAGACAAAUCUAUUAGAAUCUAAAAAAUAUAUCUGCGAGACUUAAAUAACGCGUCAUUGUUAGAAUUGAUGCUUAAAGGAAUCUGCGUAAAUUUAUUAUAUUUAUAUUAUUCUUUGAAACAUAUUAUAAAUUUAAUAAAAAAGUAUUAAUGUGA